GACAGAAGUGUCACCAUGGAGCUGGUCGGGUCCCUCAGCUUCCUCCUGCUCUUCCUCCUCCUCCUCCUGCUGCUGCUGCUGCUGGGGAAGGGGCGGCAGGGGGGGCACCCACUGCCCCCCGGGCCUCCCGCGCUGCCACUGCUGGGAAACCUGCUGCAGCUGUCCCCAACCAGGACCCUGGAGGGGCUGCUCAAGCUCAGUGAGAAGUAUGGCCCUGUGUUCAUGGUGUGGCUGGGGACCCGUCGGGUGCUGGUGCUCUGUGGACACGCUGCAGUGCGCGAGGCGCUGGUGGACAACGCCGAGGCCUUCGCUGGGCGUGGGCGCCUGCCCACCAUGGAGAGCACCUUCCAUGGCCACGGGGUGGUUUUCGCCAACGGGGAGCGCUGGCGGCAGCUGCGCCGCUUCUCGCUCUCAGUGCUGAGGGACUUCGGGAUGGGCCGGAAAAGCAUCGAGAGCCGCAUCCAGGAGGAGGCGCAAGCGCUGCUGAAGGAGCUGCGAGACACCCGGGAGAAGCCAUUUGACCCCACGUACCUGCUGAGCUGCGCUGUGUCCAACAUCAUCUGCUCCAUCGUGUUCGGGAACCGCUUCGACUAUCGCGACAGCGAGUUCCUGGAGCUGCUGCGGCUCAUGAACGAGAGUUUCCGGGAGAUGAGCACCCCCUGGGCGCAGGUGUUCGACAUGCAAGAGACGCUGAUGCAGUAUAUGCCGGGCCCGCACCGGCGCAUCCCCAUGAUGCUGGGGCGGAUGCGCAGCUUCAUCGCCCGGAGGGUGCGGGACAAUGCGGCCUCGCUGCAGCCCGGGGCCCCCCGCGACUUCAUCGACUGCUUCCUGCAGCACAUGGAGAAGGAAAAGUCAAACCCCUCCUCGGAGUUCACGCUGGAGAACCUGGAACUCACCACCCUCAACCUUUUCUUUGCUGGCACCGAGACCGUCAGCUCCACCCUACGCUACGGCUUCCUCAUGCUCAUGAAGUACCCGCACGUGCAGGAGAAGGUGCACGAGGAGAUCGACCAGGUGAUCGGCCGCGAUCGGGCGCCCACUCUGGAGGACCGGGGCCGGAUGCCGUACACGGAUGCCGUGAUCCACGAGAUCCAGCGCUGCAGCGACCUCAUCCCCCUCAACGUCCCCCACCGUGUCACCCGCGACAUCGUCUUCCGUGGCUACUUCAUCCCCAAGGACACCGACGUGUACCCACUGCUCAGCUCCGUCCUGCAUGACCCCUCCGUCUUCAAACACCCCAACGCCUUCGACCCCACGAAUUUCCUGGAUGAGAGUGGCCGCUUCAAGCGCAAUGAUGCCUUUGUCCCCUUCUCCUCAGGGAAGCGGCUGUGCCUGGGUGAGGGUCUGGCAAGGAUGGAGCUGUUCCUGUUCCUCUGCACCAUCCUGCAGAACCUGCGACUGCAGCCACUGCAGCCCCCAGAACAGCUGUCGCUGAAACCACUGGUGUUCGGCUUCACCAAAACCCCCCCCGUCUACCAGCUGCGCAUGGUGCCGCGCUGACCCCCUCCCACACCGAGACCUCCCCAGACCAGGAACAUCCUCCCCCCAGCACCCAGACUGCCCCCCACACAUACUGAGACCCCCUCCGGGACUGGGAAAUCCCCCUGUUAUUGGGAACCCCCCAGCACCAGGACCCCCUGGUACAGGGAGCCCCGCAGUACUGGGAACCCUUCCUGGUACUGGGACCCCCCCCAGCAUUGAGAACCCCUGCAUCAGGACCCCCCCAGCAUUGGGACACCACCCAGGUACCAGGAUUCCUCCAGCACCAUGAGCCCCUUGCAGCACUGGGACCCCCCCAGCAUUAGGAACUCCCCUGGGCACCAGGACCCCCCUUGCACCAGGAACUUCCUCCCAGUACUAGGACCCCCACAGCAUUGGAAUGCCCCUUCAGCAUUCAGACCACCCCAGCACCAGGACCUCAUAGUACAGAAACCCUCAGCACUGGGAACCACCCCGUGGGACCUUGACCUCCCCUGGAACCAGGACAUCCCCCGAGCAUUGCAAACACCCCCAGCACUGGGACCCCACUGGCACCCAGGUCCCCUGGCACAGGGACCUCCCGAGCACCAGGAAUCCCUCUUGCACCAGGACCCUCCCCCAGCACUGAGAACCCCCCGGCACUGGGAUCCCCCAGCAUCGGGACCCUCCAGCAGUAGGACCCCUGACAUUUGGAACUCCAUCCCAGCACUGAAAACCCCUCUCCACCAUUGGGACACCCCCCCCCCCGCCCGACACACAGCAGGAAACCCUCCUGGCACCAGGACCCCUAGUACCGGGAACGCGCUCUGGUACUGGGACCCAUCCCCCCGCAUUGGGAACCCCCCCCGGCAUCAGGACCCCCUCCAAGCAUUGAGCCCCCCAUAAAGUCUCUCGUGAACUCA